AGGUUUUGGAUUACAUACAGUUAGUGCAAUUUAUGGAGAAACAAUCAAUAUACCUUGUGGUCAAGAUAUAACGGAAGACCUUCUAUUUGGGAAAUGGAAAUAUGAAAAGCCAGAUGGAACUGCGGUUUUUGUAGCUUCACGGUCUGCAGUGAAAAAAUCAUUCAGUUUUGAUGAUGUGCCAGAAUACAAUGGUCGCCUGAACCUGUCAGAGAACUACACAUUGUCUAUUUCCAGUGCAAGGAUUAGUGAUGAAAAGAGAUUUGUAUGCAUGCUCAUAACAGCAGAAAAUGUUUUUGAAGAGCCUACAGUAAUCAAAGUAUUCAAGCCACCUUCAAAACCUGAAAUUAUAAACCAGCCAACAUUUUGGAAACAGGAAAGCUAAAAAUGGUUGGAGACUGCGUUGCUAAAGACAGCUAUCCAGAUGGCAAUAUUACAUGGUAUAGAAACGGCCAAGUUCUUUUGCCAGUAGAUGGAGUUGUAAAUGUGGAGUGGUGGAAAGAAAAAAACUCAACAAGCGGUCUUCAUAACAUGCGUUCAACGUUGGAGUACAUGUCAACAAAAGAGGAUAUAAAUGCACAGUUUUCAUGUGCGGUGAUUUAUUACAUACCAAAUGCACUGGCAACAAUGGAAUCUGAUCCAGCUGUAUUUGAUAUUUACUACCCUACAGAAAAGGUGACAAUUCAUGUACAGUCCCCGAAAAAGACAAUAAAAGAAGGCGAUAACAUCACACUGAAAUGUAUAGGGAAUGGCAAUCCACCUCCGGAGGAAUUUUUGUUUUUCCUUCCAGGUCAGGAAGAGGGGAUCCGUAGUUCAAGUGCCUACCAUAUAACUGACAUAAAAAGAAAUGCAACUGGAGAUUAUAAAUGUUCUUUGUUAAAUAAAAUCAUGAUUGCUUCAACAAUGGUAACAGUACAUUAUUUGGAUUUGUCACUUACACCCAGUGGAGAAAUAAUUAAACAAGUUGGAGACAGUCUUUCUGUCUCAUGCAUUCCUUCUGCUAGUAAAAAUGUUUCUGUUACUUGGAUGAAGAACCAAAAAAUCCUUGCACAGCCAUCAUUUUCAAAUCUACAAUACAGAGAUUCAGGUAUUUAUGAAUGUGAGACCAGCCUUAUGGAAGUUGACGGUCUGAGAAGAAAAAAGACACUAAGACUUACUGUAGAAGGAAAACCACGGAUUAAACUCUCAAAAAAGACAAAUGCUGAUGGAAAGUCAAAAACAAUCCUAUAUGAGGUAGAUGGCUUUCCAAAGCCUGAAGUGCAAUGUGUCAGAUUAGGCAAUGAUUUAUACUUGAACAAAACUGAAGAAACUACGUUAAGUAACGGAAAAUAUUCUGCUAAAAUUAUAAUUUCCCCAGAAGAGAAUGUCACUAUUAUCUGCAGUGCUGAAAACAAAUUGGGGCGGGAGGUCCAUUCAUUAAAUGUUUCUGCUAUCAGCUUCCCAGAAUCAGAUGAUCGUAUUGAUAGCAGUGGUGACAAUAAUGACCAUGCAAAACUAAUUGUGGGAAUUGUUGUUGGUCUUCUACUCGCUGCACUGGUUGCUGGAUUAGCCUACUGGAUAUACAUUAAGAAAUCAGGCUCAACAUCAAAACAUGUAGGGAAAGAACUUGGUAACACGGAAGAAAACAAAAAACUAGAAGAAAACAAUCAUAAAUCAGAAGCAUAA